AUGCACCACGACGCGAUAUUCGACUAUUUUAUAACAGCUCUUGGUUAUCACACAGUAGUAUUCUGGCGCAAUGCUGUACCUCUAAUAUACGAUUCAGAUUUGUCGCUUGGUACUCGUUAUCGCGAUUCACUUUUAUUCUCGUUGGCCUUAUAUGAUGUGAAUAACAGUAAAAAUCGACUCACUGAAUUGUAUGCAGCAGUACCUGGUAUGGUGCGAAGUCGUGUUAAUUCACGGUUACCGAGCCGCAUUGGCUCCGUAGAAAAUUUAACAGAUAUAUCAACUAUUCCGGAUGAUGAAGAAGCCAUUGUUGAUGGUCAUGCUGCUGGAGGUCUUGCAGAUACAACACAUCACAAGGCAAGUCAGCGCGUUAUAAAUGUAUCAAAUGCUCCACCUGUUUCAUUGAAGCGUAAAGAUAGUGGUUGCUGGGAAAUUCAACAAGGAAGUGGAGGAUUGGUAGCAUGCGUUGACCCAGUAAUGAGCGUUGACAAGGAAAAUGUUUGGUUGGCAAAUAUUGGCAUACACUGGCAAAAUAUUUCUGAUCGAAAGAUGGAUUUGGAAACAGAUUCCAUGCCACUGUCGACAAAUUCUCUCGGUUUGCCACUGCUUAAGCAAGCAAAGGCUGGUGAAAUCUUUCAUGUGCUAAGCGAUGAUAUUAAAGCGCCUGAUUUAUCAGAAACUGAACGCAGUAUCGAACAUGAUAUGUCUCUUAUAUCUGUGCUACAAAAUUAUAACAAGGAUAAUUACAAGCUUUCUCCUGUUUUUGUCGACUCAUCUGAUUAUAAUACUUAUUAUGGGGGAAUCAGUAAUGGUUUGCUAUGGCCGUCACUUCAUAAAUUACCAGAAUAUAUCUGCAAAGAUUACGAUAAUCCAGUUAUUCUGCGAGAACAUUGGUGUGCUUAUGUUCGCGUUAACUAUUUGUUUGCUAUCAGCGCCGUUCGCAAUGGGCGACCACAAGAUUUCGUCUGGAUUCAUGAUUAUCAUUUAAUGCUUACUGGCCAGUUGAUGCGGAGUUUGGAUAAUUCUUUGGAAGUUGGAUUUUUCUUGCAUAUUCCUUUUCAACCUCCUGAUGAUUGGAUGGUAAAAUACAGGAUUGUAGCAGAGCCUAUCCUUCGUGCCAUACUUCGUUUUACUAAAGUUGGUUUCCAAACAAGCCGAGAUCGCCAAAAAUAUGUCGACCUUGUAAAGCAGUAUGUGGCUAGAGCACGUGUCAGCUAUGAGCAAAGUAUAGAUGUGUUCACUAUAAAUCAUGAAGGAUAUACAUGUUCUCUUGGCGUAUUUCCUGUUUCAAUCAAGAAUGAAGAUUUUCUAUCUAUUGCUCGUUGUUCUGAUGUACAGGCAAAAGCUGAAAAAAUCCGAGAAGAAAUUCUUUCGAAAGGUUCUCCAAAUGGAUGUUUUUUCUUUUCCGUUGAAAGAUUUGAUUAUACCAAAGGAAUUAGAGAAAAACUGGAAGCAUGGCAACGUUAUUUUGAAACGUAUCCAGAGCGCAUAGGUAUGGAUAUAUUGUAUCAAAUAGCUGUUACAAAUCGACGGUCGGUUAGGGAAUACUGCAUUUACCAGGAUAUUUGUGUUGAACUAGCAUGCAAAAUCAAUCAGAUGUUCUCUAGUGAAAAAUACCCUAAAUGGCGUCCCAUCAGAUUCGAAAGAGAUGGUCUUCCUCGUGCAGAACUUAUUGCUCAUUAUUUGGCAAUGGAUGUAGGUGUUGUGACUCCCAUAAAAGAUGGUAUGAACCUAGUAGCAAAGGAAAUGCUUAUUUGUAAUCCUCGUGCAGCUCUUAUACUUUCAAGUGGAGCUGGUACUGAAGUGCAGUUAGGUAAUGCUGGCUUUUACGACCAAGAACGACAGUGUUAUUUUAGAAUAGACGACAUCGGCGAUGUGCAAACUUUUGCGGACACUUUCUAUAAAGCAGCAACAGAAACUCGUGAAGUUCGAGAAGAACAUGGUUUGUGUCUAAAACACUACCUUAUGAAUCAUGAUAUUGAUGAAUGGAGUGCAGCUUUUCUUGAUGCUUCAUGGAAUUGCGAAGUGAUUCGUGCCAGCAAGUUAAAUCUUCUGGCUGAUUUUUAUCAAUUAAUGGAUAAAACGUGUCAAGUGCGACGGCAAAUCGUUGAGCGUGUUCUCAAGGGUAUACCAAUCCGUCCUCAGUUUGGAGUUUCUUUGGAGAACGCAAAGUUUUCUUUGGAAGACUCAUGCAAGCCUGGCACGCAUACACUGGUUUUGGAGACUUCAUCAGCAGGUGAGGAUUCGGAUGGUAGCAACGUUCAUAACACUGUUAAAUUCGAUAUCAGCAAUGAAUUGGAGGAAUUGGAAAAGGAUAUCGCCUUUCUAAAGUUUAUUGAAAGUGAUGAAAUAACCAACGUGGAACAAUUUGUAGCGACACUUGGACGUUUCCACCCUUCUGGUCCAGAAGCCUUUGCAGAUGAAGUUGAAAAAACUUUCGAUUUAUUAUCAACUGGCGAUCAUUUUCAUUAUUUAUUUACCGAUCGCGAUGGCACUUUAAAGUCAUAUUCUUGUUCUUAUCCAGCUAGCGUUCAGCCUGCUUAUUCAGCUGUUAUUCAGGCUCAAUUUGCAAGAAGAUGUGCCCAGUUUUGUGCGAUUGUUACAACUGCACCACUAAUGCAUAUCGGUAUUCUCAACGUCAGUACAAUACCUGAAGGUUAUUAUGCAUAUGGAGCAUCUGCUGGGCGCGAAUGGUAUAUGAAUCCUGCUAUGCAGUUCAAAGAUGAUUCUGUGAAUGAAGCUGAUUUGGCUUUAUUAAAUAGUGUCUUCGAGAAGAUAGAAGAGCUUCUAGAAGACAAUACAUAUCGAAAUUUCACAUGGAUUGGUUCAGGUCUUCAAAGACAUUAUGGUCAUAUCACGAUUGCACGCCAAGAUGUGAAUAAUUCAGUUUCACGACAUCGUUCUGCCCUUUUAUAUCAAGCGGUUUCUAGAAUUGUGCAAGAUGUUGACCCAACAGCAUCUACUCUAACUUUGCGCGAAGGAGAAUUUGAUUUAAAAAUCUUCACCAAGGCAAAGUUGUCAGGUCGUAUAUUCAACAAAGGUCAUGGAAUACGGUUAAUUCAGAGGAAAAUGGGUCUUAAAAUGAAUGAUGGACAUAUUUUGGUUUGUGGUGAUUCUGAAACGGAUUUGCCUAUGUUAGAGGAAUGCCUUGCUUGUUCACCGAAAAAUGUCUACACAAUUUGGGUUACUUCCAAUCCAAAACUUCAAGAAAAAGUACGCUCGGCGUGUGCUGCACGUGGCAAUAAUCAUUUCAUCUUUGUUUCUUGCCCUGAGGUUAGCCCUGAGGUUUUGCUUGGAGCAAUGGCAAAUGCGACUGUCCGUGAAAUUCGUAUUCGACCUCGUACUGAAAAUGACGAUGAAGAAUGA